UAAUGCUUUUAAAAUCAUUCUUUUUUCCAAUGGCUGGAAAAGUUGGGAAAAUAAAUCCUAAAUAUUCUUAUUUUCCAGCUAAAUAAACAUCUUGUUUCACCACGAAAGUCGAUCAGUUUAGCUCGUAGUUUGAUAGCCAUCCUUUCUUUACCCAUAUGGAGCGAGAAACAGGUUCACAUUCGACUGCUGAGGCAACGCAUUAUUUAGCUUAUACCGUGAAAGAUUUAAAAACUGAACUAAAAAGACGAAAUCUCCCAGUAAAAGGACUAAAAGCUGAACUGGUUCAGAGGUUACAGGAAGCAGAUAGUGUUGAUGAAGUGACUACCCAAAGUUCUGCUGUACCUAAUGGUGGCUUGCCAUUUCAUCACUUAAAUGAAAGAAUUCGAGAGCAGCAUAGAAUGGAAAGAAAGAAUCGUCAGGGAAUUGUGUUGUGGAGAAAGCCACUACUUACAAUGCAGUAUUUCAUAUUUGAGCUAGUUAUCACAAUCCAGGAAUAUUGGAAAAGAGUUUUAAAGCAUCGUAAAUCUUGUACACUUUUUGUCACUUCAAUAACCGUUCUUUCUCUACUGUAUUUUAUUCCUGGACAACAUCAGAAGCAUGUUCAAGAAGUUGAGGACUUCAUAAUGUCGUGUUGUUACUGGAUUGGUCUUGGUAUUUUGUCCUCUGUUGGUCUGGGAACUGGCUUACAUACAUUUCUUUUAUACCUGGGUCCUCAUAUAGCACAGGUGACCCUUGCUGCCUGGGAGUGCCAGUCACUGGAUUUCCCGCAACCUCCAUAUCCAAAUGAGAUAUUUUGUCCAGAAGAUGGCCACACCUCGACAGUCAGUCUGUGGACAAUAAUGAGUAAAGUUCGACUUGAGGCAUUUAUGUGGGGGGCUGGUACUGCAAUUGGUGAACUACCACCAUAUUUCAUGGCAAAAGCAGCUCGACUGUCCGGUGUCGAACUGGACGAUGAAGAUCUUGAGGAAGUGGAAAAACUGGAGGAACUUGAGUCAGUCAAAGAACUGGAUCUUUGGACCAGAGUAAAGAAAGGGAUAUUUGAUCUUGUCCAGAGGAUGGGCUUCUUUGGUAUUCUCGUUUGUGCAUCGAUACCAAAUCCUCUGUUCGACUUGGCGGGAAUCACUUGCGGUCAUUGCUUGAUUCCGUUUUGGACAUUCUUCGGGGCAACUUUGAUUGGCAAGGCGAUCAUUAAAAUGCAUUUACAGAAAACUUUUGUUAUCUUAUCGUUCAGCAAAACCUACGUCGAAACUGUUUUAGAAUUAGCUGGUGAUAUUCCUCUCAUUGGCCCGUAUAUCCAAUCACCAUUCAAUAAAGCUUUAGAGGCACAACGAAGCGCUCUACGUCGUAAACCCGGGGAAACGACAAUAAAGAAAACCAGUUCAUUGGCUUGGAUAUUUGAGAAGGUCGUUCUUCUCAUGGUGGCGUAUUUUCUAUUAUCAAUAAUCAAUUCAAUGGCUCAAUCUUACGACAAGAGACUACAGGAAGAGAAAAGACUUGCUCCUCCACGGUCAGUCGUCAAAACAAACUAAUGGUAUACAUGUAUUAGCAUCAAAUGUGGUUCAAAAACUGCCUAAAAUAGAUAAAAACACUUCUCGACGUUUCGACCUGAGAGCUUUCAUCAGGAGAGUUAGUAUGAUAUAUUAAAUGCUGCAUCAUGAUAUAUCAUACUAACUCUCCUGACGAGGGCCCUCAGGUCGAAACGUCGAGAAGUGUUUUUGUCUAUUUUAGGCAGUUGUUGGUUUAUCAAGGCUGGAUUUCAUCAAUCUUUUUUGUGUUUUCUUCCCUCUGUCACCUGCGCUGCAAACACGAUGAUUUAGCAGUCUUACAGUCCUACUGUUUUACAAAAACUUGUUAAAAACUUGUUAUCAAGUCGCGAGUGCAUGACAAUCUUUUCAAAACGUUAUAAUCCGAAAGAUUUUGAAGCAAAUUUCUCUAAGUCUAUGUAAAACACCUUAAUUGAAAAUAUUGUUAGUUUUACGUUUCGUUAAUUUUAACUAACUAGAAGCAAUUACACGUAUAUCCACUUCUAAACUUUAGUUUUUUUUCAUUCGUAUAUAUAGAAUGUCGUUGAAAAAAUUAUAAUUGCAAUUCGAUUUUAUGAUAAUGCAGGUUUUGUCAAUGGGCUUGUAAACAACGUUAUUUUGACCAUCCAAACAAUACAAACUUAAAUACACAAGCGAUUACGUCGAAGAUAAGAUUGAAAAUGAUGCAAUAGUUCAGCCAAGUCAUUUUCAGCUGCCCGCCCUCAAAACUGCCCACCCGCAGUAAUCCGCCUGAUCGCGGGUCGGACAAUGUAACCUGAAACUAUUAUGUUGCGAAAUUAAAUGGUCUCUUCCAAGAUUUCUAACAACAAGGGCGGUAGUAUUUGCAGCAAAUUAUCUAUGUAUAUUGUUAUUUGACAACGCUGGUUUCUGUUCCUGGAAUAUUAGGCUUCCGUUAUAGUAAUUGUAACAUCCUGUCAGCGACAAUCCUCUAAUGCAAGAGCCGGAGUGACAAAUUGUAGCUUUUGAACUGUGACGGGCUCUGACGUGAAACGUAUGAUGUCCUAUGAUGAAUUUACAAAUGUUUAGAGAAAAAAGUUCAAUGAUCACACACACGUAUUGCUUGCGUGGAAAAUACCCAAUCGGGGAAAACACAUACAACAAUAGCUAUGACUCGGCAUAAACAUGAGAUAAACCAAAAUAGUCUUGAAUCAUUUGAGUGAAAUGAUAUUCUAAGUUGCAAGUGAUAUUACCAUGCUGUUGCAUACGAUGGUUUGUGCUUGUUACUGUUAGUGCACAACUAUUCAUAUUCAAAAACGUCUCAGUACAAACAGUUUUAGUAAACUCUAUCGAACGAGUUUCAGUCGUGAUCGACCUGCUUGCUUGGAUGACUUGGGUGAAUGUUAACGCCUGCGUUUU